AUGCAAAGUUUGACCUAGUUUUUAAUGGAUUUAUCUAGAUUUUGGAAGUCUAAUGAAAGUCUGCAUCACAAUCACCUUCAUCAUCGAAGGAGGCCAAAGAGCAGCGAGUGUUGAGAUAAUCUGAAAUCAUUCGUCAGAAUCUGUAAAAGGAAAGAAUAUAUCUUUUAGUAUAUAUUUUCGUAUAGUAGUUUCCUUGUAUUAGUAGUUUACUUGUAUAGGGAUUUCCUUGAUUUCCUUUCCUUGUUUGAAAGCAAGGAGACAGGUGCGUCUGUGUUUGCUGUGAAAAACAAGAUGGAGGCCAAGGAGCAUAUGUGCUCUCAUUGUGGCAAAGGAGGACAUGAUGUUGAGGGAUGCUACAAGCUCAUCGGAUACCCGGAAGGGUGGAUAUUUCGAGACCAGGCUGGAAGAGGAAGAGGGAACAACCGUGGGAGAGGAAAUUUCCGCGGUUCAGGAAGAGGAGCGGGACGGUCGACCGUGGGUGCUGGACGGUCGACCGUCACGGGCGGUCGAAGUGAAGUGCAUGCAGUUCAGGGCGAAGGGCCGUCUCCAUUGCCCAAUUUUGAGGAUCUGACGUCUGAACAGUGGAAUGCUGCUCGUCAUGCUCUUUCACUUUCUCCCGUCGAUAAUUCUCAAAAACUUUCAGGUGAAACACCCAGAGAGGAUGCAUCAAGGAGCAACUUAGCCAUCGAUUACUUUGAAGAUGCUGAGGAAUUAUUCACGGAAGAUCAUAUGGACCGUUCCUGGAGGAAUGGUCGCCCGCCGGGCAACGGAGAUGCAGAAGGGCUAGAGACGGUCGACCUAGUGGACCGUGCCGAGAACCACGGUCGACCGUCGGAAGGGCAGAAUGACGGAUCCUCAGGAGAAGAUUCAACGGUCGACCGUGUCAUGGAGGACGGUCGACCGUUCCUGAGGCAGAAACCUGAUGAACCAGCAAUGCCACAGACGGUCGACCCCGUGGACCGUUCCACGGAUGGCGGUCGACCGCCCCCGAGGCAGAAACCUGAUGAACCAGCGAUGUUACAGACGGUCGACCCCGUGGACCGUUUCAUGAAUGGCGGUCGACCGUCCCCUUCCCAGCAACAAGUAGAGACAUUGGGGCGUAGUCAGAGGGAAAGACGCCCAAAUGUGAGACUUGCGGACUAUGUUACACAUGUCACUGGACCACAUAGCGGAGAAAGAUGCAGAUAUCCACUUUCCUCGUAUGUCACCUUCAGAGCAGGAGUUCACAAAGUUUUCAGGUCGCUAUCUUCGUCACUGUUGCCAAUCUCGGCGGUGUCGAAGCCGCUGUGGUCUCUCACAGACGACGAGGUGGAGAAGCGAGAUUGGAAUCGAAGUAAAUCAAAACUCGGCCAAGACAACGACAACACCAUCUGUUCCUCGUCGUUCGAUGGUUUGUUCAAGCGAAAUCGCGGCGGUCAUCCAAAAGGGUUCGGUGACAUCGAUUGGGUCACUGGCGACGACGACGGUGUUGCCGCUGCACAAAUCCAAGGAGAAGAUAAAGCCUGGUUGCGUCGUGAAAUGUGGAUUAGUCGGAAAAGAGGAGAAGUCUGCAAUGGGAUGUUGGUCGGAUUUGGAGCAUAGAUUUGUAGGCAUGAAAAUCCAUCAAAAUCUAGAUUUUGAAAAAUCUUUAAAAAUCUAUCAACUUUUGAAUACCAUCAUAUUUAGAAGGAUUUGUAAAAAUCUGAAUUGAAUACACUCAAAUUCUAAAUGACUUUUUUAAAUUUGAAUUGAAUAUAUCUACAGACUUUUG